CUCGAUUUUUAUACAUGUUCCCGGGCCUGUGCAUGAAGGGGUUUGAGCACGCUACAAAUGGUAGUGUAGGUUGCCAAGUUUUUGGAGGGGAGUGUACAAUCAUAACACAUACACAUAAGGAAGUUUGGCAUGACUCUAAUCUGAAACAGAAACCUUAACACAGGCAUUUGAGCAUUAAGGUCGUGUUGUUGUAAGCAGUCACAGUAUACGAGUAUUUUGGAAUACGACGACCCGAGCGCGACGUACAUUUAAGGGAACUACUACAUUUAGAGAGCUGUAAAUAUAGAUAACUCAAAUCGAAAAAAUAUGGAACAUCAAGGAGGAAAAGCAUUUGGAGCACUCAAAGCACAACAAGAAGCAAAUCUUGAUGAAAUAAAUAAGAUAUACUUAGAAGACGACGACUACCAAGAUGAAGACGAUUAUCCAGAUCUUGCUGAAUCAUUAGACAAGUACAAAAAACAAUUUAUGGAGUUUGACAUGGACAACUCUGGUGAUAUAGAUCUAAUGGAACUAAAGAUGAUGAUGGAGAAGCUAGAACAGGCCAAAACACACCUUGAGUUGAAGAAGAUGAUCGCCGAAGUAGAUAGAGAGGACAGAGGAUCAAUAAGCUAUAACGACUUCCUCUUUAUGAUGUUAGGGAAAAAGAAUUCGGUUUUGAAAUUAAUCCUGAAGUUUGAGGGGGCUAUGAAAGAAAAAGAAAGGCCAACUGGGAUAGCUCCAAAAAGAGAUUUAUCAAGUCUACCAUGAUGGUGAAAUAUGUUGGAGGAAGAGACAGUAUUACUUUGCUCACGUCUGAAACUAACACCUGGCUUACUCUGUGUAAAAUGUUAAAAGUAAAGCCUCAGUCACAUUUAAUCGACGGCAAUCGUGCGAUUUUCUAUAUC